AUGUGUAGCUGCAAGGGAAAGUGUGCUACCGUGGAUGCUGAAACUAUUAAGGAGCUGAAAACUACAGUGGAGAUGCUAGUGCACCAGUUGAAGCAGGUCAACGCUCGACUUGCAGCAGCUGAGAAGAGAGAUGUGCUCGGUGCUGAUGAGAAAAGCAGUGCAGAUGUCAAGGGUAGCAUAGUUGAGGCUGCCGCUGCACACAAGGAGAAGGAUGUCCCCAAGAGUGAUACCCGUGAGCAGCAGAAACCCAAGGGCAUGGUGCAGCUAAACGGUGCUGCUGAGAAGGAGAAAUCAUUGGUGCUGAAUGUGGGACGGUAUGAAGCUGAUGGGGCAAAGGUGUUUUGUGAACCCAAGGUGAAGCCGAUCUUGAAGGAAGCUGAGAUUGCGGGGGAGCAGAUGAGUGCAUUCCCUAAAACUGGAGUUGGGAUCAGCUAUGCUGUGGCGCUGGUGAAAGGCAAACACGAGGUAUUAGUUCAGAAGGGAAAGGAACUUGGCAAAGACCUGAAUGCUCCUAUGCCAAGGACGGAAGUAGUGAAGGGAGUUGUCAAGUCAAGUAAUGUCGUGGGUGGAUUCGAAUAG